AUGCCCGUCACGCGCGACGUCCUUCGAAGCUUCGGCCGUGCCGCCAGGGCAACCCUGCUGGCUGAUCCAGCAGCUUCUAAGGAAGUGAAGGCGAGGGUCGAGGAUUUCAAGGCCGGCGAAAGGUGGGCCAGGAACUUCGUGAAGCGCAACAGCAUCGACAGCGUGAGACUUCAUGGCGAGGCUGGUAGCGUCAACAAGGAGGCCAUCAAGGAAGCCAUGGAGGAACUCAAGGCCCUUUGCGCAAAGUACCCGGCUAGGCUCAUCUUUAACGUCGACGAGACAGGCCUCCAGUGGAAGCUCAUGCCCAGGCGCACGUACCUCUCCAACUUGGAGGAUCGGAAGACGGGGCGGGGCUCCAGGGGCAUGUUCUUCAAGGAUCGACUGUCUGCCAUCAUGUGCGCCAAUGCCGACGGCACUGCAAAGGUUGACAUGUCCAUCAUCGGGAAGGCAAAGGGUCCCCGCUGCUUCAACGACACGCCUUCACCUCUCAAGUACUUCUCGCAGGCCAACGCCUGGUCCGACACCGCGACUUUCCGCAAGUGGUGGUGUGAGGUCUUCCUCCCGUUCGUUCGGCGCUUCACUCACGAACCUGUGCUGCUUCUGAUGGACGGCUGUGCUUCUCACGGUGAUCUAGUGGAUGAUCGGGGGCAAGUUACCAUCAAGUUCUACCCUCCAAACUGCACCUCCGUACACCAGCCUAUGGAUCUGGGGAUCAUCGCCGAGACAAAGUGCAACUACAGGAAGGAGCUGCUCGAUGUGAAGACAUCGACCAUGUUGGUGGCUGACACCCUUCGUGCCGAGGCCAAAGCUCGCAAAAUGAAGGCCGGGACAAUGGGGCUGGCGCAAGGGCACCAACCUCACGUGCGGGAUGCCGCUGAACUUCUCCAGAAAGCAUGGGCCAGCGUCACCGCCCAGGACAUCGCCAGCUUUGGUGGUACAAAGCUGGCUGGGACUCGAGUGUCUACCGGCCGCGAGGAGGAGGACGAGGAGGAGGACAGCGGCGAUGACAACACGGGGCUCGCGCGCCGUGUCCCACCGGCUUAUGGUGAACUGUCGUCUCACUUCGGCGUCCUGGAAGCGGCAGCAGAGGAGAGCGGCAAUGGAGACGCGGCGCUCUACCUAGCGAAAGCGAAGAUGGCGAUGAUUGCAGCGCAUUCCAAGAGGCGGGUGCGCCAGGCAGACAUGAGGGAGUUUGUUGCUACGGAGUAA